AGUUUAAUUAGCGAGCCCAAGAAUCCAGCCGCCGCGCUCCUGAAGGCCAAGGCGGAAGCAGGGCAGCCCAAACUCGAGAAUUCCGGGGGGCCGGGCGCGGAGGAGGGACUCAGGGCUCAGGAACAGCGCGAGCUCUGAGAUUCGACUUCGGUGAAGAGGCCAGGCAAGGCAAAACAAAGGUGCAGGGGCUGGUAGUCCGGGCUUCGAGCCUGGAAGAUGCACAAGAGGAAUGGACCCCAGGCACCCCCGGGCCGAGGUGCUGUCACUGCCCGCCAGCUUGGUCUGCUGGUUGACUUCUCCUCAGACGGCCUGAUGAUCCCUGAGGAUGGGGUUAAUGAGGAGGAGCUGGAGGCUGAAUUCCUGGCUUUGGUGGGGGGUCAGCCCCAGGCUCUAGAGAAACUGAAAGGCCAAGGUCCCCUGCCAAUGGAAGCCAUUGAGAAGAUGGCCCGGCUCUGCAUGAGAGACCUGGAUGAGGACGAGGAGGGGACAGACGAGGAUGAUGUGGAGGCUGAUGAGGACCUGCUGGCAGAGCUAAAUGAGGUCCUUGGAGAAGAACAGAAGGCUGUGGAGCCCCUGAUGCCUGUGGCCCAGCUAAAGCCUUCAGGCCCCAACCCAGGAGUAGAGGCCACGCUGCAGGAGAGGCUAGCCCUCUACCAGUCUGCACUGGAGAGUGCCAGGCAAGCUGGGGACAGUGCCAAGAUGCGACGCUAUGACCGGGGGCUCAAGACGCUGGAAAACCUGCUGGUCUCUGCAAAGAAAGGCAACACCAUCAAUGAAGCAGACAUUCCACCACCUGUGGCAUCGGGGAAGGGACCAGCAGCUGGGCACAGCCACACCCAAGCUACUUCCCAGUUGGCUCCUGUAAGCCCACCAGCCCCAGAGUCCAGCGGCACCUUGGAGGCCCCAUCUACCACUACACCAACCUCUGUUAAGCCCCAGCUACCCCCAGAUCCCUGCAGCCCCCUAGCCCGGUUGCAGAGCCUCCAGCACGAGUACAAACUGGCUGCGCUUCGUGCCAAGCAUCAGGAUGACACUGCUACAGCCACCAGACACUUGAGAAUAGCUAAGAGCUUUGACCCUGUCUUGGAGGCCCUCAGCCGUGGGGAACUGGUGGACCUGUCCCGCCUGCCCCCUCCCCCUGACCAGCUGUCCCCAGAGCCCCCCUUGCCAGCUGCCCAACCUUUGACCCCUGCCUCAACACUCACCAGGCCAGAGGUUCCCCAACCCCCGAGGAACCUCCUGGAGGCCCUGGAACAGCGAAUGGAGCGGUACCAUGUGGCUGCAGCCCAGGCCAAGGCCAAGGGUGACCAGCGGAAGGCACGCAUGCACGAACGAAUUGUCAAGCAAUACCAAGACGCCAUUCGUGCCCACAAGGCAGGCCGAGCUGUGGAUGUGGCGGAGCUGCCAGUGCCCCCAGGCUUCCCCCCAAUGCAGGGUCUGGAGUCUGCAGAGCCCGCUCAGCAGAGCCUAGUGGGAGUCCUGGAAACUGCCAUGAGGCUUGCCAACCACGACGAAGGCUCGGAUGACGAAGAGGAGGAGACUCCUAAGAAGCAGAACACCCCUGCUGCCUCCACAACCCAGCGGAAGUCCUCGCCCUCCAGGGCACCUCCAUCAGGACCAGCCCCAGCCGGCAAAGCUGCCCCCAAGGGCACAUCCAACAGGGCCCAGCAGCAGCUGGCCUUCCUGGAGGGCCGGAAGAAGCAGCUCCUGCAGGCCGCACUGCGUGCCAAGCAAAAGAACGACGUAGAGGGCGCCAAGAUGCACCUGCGCCAGGCCAAAGGGCUAGAGCCCAUGCUAGAGGCCUCUCGCAAUGGACUGCCUGUGGACAUUGCCAAGGUGCCACCUGCUCCUGUCAACAAGGACGACUUUGUGCUGGUGCAGCGGCCUGGCCCAGGCUUGUCUCAGGAAGCUGUGCGUCGCUAUGGGGAACUUACCAAGCUCCUGAGACAGCAACAUGAAAUGUGUCUAAACCACUCCACACAGUUCACCCACCUGGGCAACAUUGCUGAAACCAUUAAGUUUGAGAAGCUGGCGGAGGACUGUAAGCGGAGCAUGGACACCUUAAAACAAGCCUUCGCCCGCAGUCUGCCCACACCUGCAGCCCGCUUUGAGCAGAGGACCUUCAGUGUCAUCAAGGUCUUUCCGGACUUGAGCAACAGUGACAUGCUCCUGUUUAUCGUGAAGGGCAUCAACUUGCCCACACCCACAGGGCUGUCCCCCAGUGACCUGGAUGCCUUUGUCCGCUUCGACUUCCCUUAUCCCAAUGUGGAAGAAGCUCAGAAAGACAAGACCAGUGUGAUCAAAAACACAGACUCCCCUGAAUUUAAGGAGCAGUUCAAACUCUGCAUCAACCGUGGCCACCGUGGCUUCCGAAGGGCCAUCCAAACCAAGGGCAUCAAGUUCGAAGUGGUCCACAAGGGGGGGCUGUUCAAGACGGACAGGGUGCUAGGUACAGCCCAGCUGAAGCUGGAUACGUUGGAAACAGCUUGUGAAGUCCAUGAGAUCCUGGAGGUUUUAGAUGGACGCCGGCCCACAGGGGGGAGGCUCGAAGUGAUGGUUCGCAUCCGGGAGCCACUGACAGCCCAGCAGUUGGAAACUACAACUGAGAGGUGGCUGGUCAUUGAUCACAUCCCAGCAGCUGUGCCCACUGUCACUGGGCCCAAAGCAAAGGCUCCUCUCAUACCCGCGUCCUCAAGAGAAGCAGGCAACAGAUCAGCACGGCCCCUGCAUAGCCUUAGCGUGCUGGCCUUUGACCAAGAGCGGCUAGAAAGGAAGAUCCUGGCCCUGAGGCAGGCACGCCGGCCUGUGCCUCCAGAAGUGGCCCAGCAGUACCAGGACGUAGUACAGCGUAGCCAAUGGCAGAGGGCACAGCUGGAGCAGGGGGGUGCUGCCCUCCGCAGGGAGUAUGCAAGCCAUCUGGAGCGCCAGCUGCACUUCUAUACAGAGGCUGCCCGGCGCCUGGGCUACGACGGAAGCAGGGAGGCUGCGAAGGAGGCAUUGUACCGGCGGAACCUGGUGGAGAGCGAGCUGCAGCGACUCCGCAGGUGAGGCCCACCCUGGACUACAGGCCCCACAGCCCGAUGCCAGGCAGAGCUCCAUGGCCACCGAGCAGACAAGCAGACAAUCAGCGGACAGUUGGUUCUGGACUCGCCCUGUCCAGGCCUUUGGCCCAGGGGCAUCGGGACAGCACAGUCACCCCAGCCUGCCUGGCUGGGCCUCGGAGAGUCCUGUUUGCACAUCCAGGAGCAUCUGGAGCAAGAGGGCAGCUGGGACGUGAACCCAGAGGCCCCUGCAAGCACUUUACUGCCUGCCCCUCCCAUUGUGAACCCUGCAGCCCUCUCCAAAGAUACCUCUGAGGCUGUCCAGCUCAGCUGGCUUCCUAGGCACUGUCCUGACCCAGCUGCCCCCACCCCAGGGCCAACACAGAAUGAACAGCCAAGGCCACACUUGCCUCA